CUCUCUCUCUCUCUCUCUCUCUCUCUCUGUUUAUAUAUUUCUUCAAAGCUUUUUAUUUUUCGUAAAAUCUCUGAAUUGAAACACAGAUUCAAGCCUAGCUUCAGUCAACUGGUACGACGACGAAGACGACGACCUCCUUUUUGUUCCCCGUGAAACGACGCCGUCGCCGUGAAAUUGUUUUUCUUCGAUAUGGCGUCGAUUGAUAACCGGCCACAAAAUUUCGAUGUCGUCGCCGCCGACGAGGAGGUUAACAGCCCGGCUGAUCCACUGUUGGGUGACUCGAAUGAAUAUACGAUUACUGCUGUUGGUGGUCCGGCGUCGGAAAUCGCGGCGGCUGGGUCGUCUGAUAGUGUGCCCUUGUUGAAGGAGGAGCCGGAGGAAAAUGAUUUGCAGGUGGCGUUGCCAUUGGGGGGCCAUAUGCAGGUGCGGACAUUGGAGAAAUCUCUGCCUAAGAGGUCCUCCAAGGACCGCCAUACCAAGGUGGAGGGUCGUGGGAGGAGAGUUCGUAUGCCGGCGGCUUGUGCUGCCAGAAUUUUUCAAUUGACCCGCGAGCUGGGCCACAAGUCGGACGGAGAGACCAUUCGUUGGCUCCUCGAGCGGGCUGAGCCGGCUAUUAUCGAGGCCACGGGCACCGGCACGGUUCCGGCCAUCGCGGUGUCUGUGAACGGGGAGCUGAAGAUUCCAACCACGUCCCCGGCGACGGAAAACGAGGGAGAUUCCACCGCGACGAAGAGGAGGAGGAAGAGAGGGGGAAAUAGCGAGUUUUUCGACGUGAACGAGCCUUCCAAUUUCGCACCCGUCUCUCCGAUUACCGCGCAAGGGCUAGUUCCGGUGUGGACAGUGGGGUCCGCGAACGGUGUCGUGCCCACAACGGCGGUUCCCAGCGGGGCAUUCCUUAUGCUCCCACAGCCACCAUCAGCCGCCGGGCCUUCAAGUCAACCUCAGGCUCAACUGUGGGCCAUACCAGCAACAGCCACCCCCGUUUUCAGCGUCCCCGGCAGGCCCAUUUCUAACUUCGUUUCCGCAAUGCAACCCGGAGUUUGUUUUCCCCAAGCUCGAAUGACCUCCUCCCUGUCAAACGGCGGAGAUAAUUCCGGGAAGGAAGUCUCCACUAUGGCCCCUAGCUGCAGUUCUACCAGCACCACCACCGCCGCAACUGCCACCACCCAAAUGCUAAGAGAUUUCUCGUUGCAGAUUUACGACAAGAAAGAGCUUCAAUUCAUGGACGCUUCUGGGUCUCCUUCAAACGAUCACCCCCAAAAACCCCCUCCCCAAACCCCUAACCAGAGAGAAGAGAUGACCCGUCAGUAAAAGGGUUUUAGCCUUUUUUUUUUUUUUUGCAUUUAAAUUUUUGGAUUAGCAGCUAAUUAAUCAAUCUUUCCCAGUUCAUCUUUAGUUACUAUUUCCUUUCCCCUAAUUAUCAUCCAAAAUUUGUAUAAAGAUCGGCUUUAGCCUUUAGCGUUAGCAAAAGAAAUUUGUGGAAUAUUUGGAAUGCUUUUUUCUCCA